AGGUUCCACUGUCAGACCGAAAGAGACCACCCAAUCCCUGUGAAGGCGGAACGAGCGGAAAGUCGAGAGAAGCGGAGCGCGGCAUCACCGUACAGUGCAGCCCCCGGGGCCCCUAGAGCGAGCAGAGCCACGUCAGCCCUUGUGGGGAGCCCGGGGGAGGGGAAAGGGGCGGACCCGGAACAGGAAGUGUGACAGCCCCGCCCUUUCUCAGGUUUGAAUGGUGCUGAGCUGGAAGCUGACAGAAGAGCAGGAACAUGAAGGCCUUAAUCCUGGUUGGUGGCUUUGGGACCCGGCUCCGCCCCCUGACUCUGAGUGUCCCCAAACCAUUGGUGGAUUUCUGUAAUAAGCCCAUCCUUCUGCAUCAGGUGGAGGCUCUGGUGAAGGCAGGGGUUAAACAUGUGAUUCUGGCCGUCAGUUACAUGUCAGACCUGCUGGAGAAGGAGAUGAAGGAGCAGGAGAAGAGGCUGGGGAUCCGAAUUUCCAUGUCCCACGAGAAGGAGCCGCUGGGCACAGCCGGGCCCCUCGCUCUCGCCAGAGACUUACUGACGGAAAACGCAGAGCCUUUCUUUGUGCUGAACAGCGACGUCAUCUGCGACUUCCCCUUCGAAGAAAUGGUUCGCUUCCACCGGCAACACGGGAAGGAGGGGACCAUUGUGGUUACAAAGGUGGAGGAACCCUCGAAGUACGGCGUGGUGGUAUACGAAGGAGAGACGGGCAGAAUCCAGCGAUUUGUCGAGAAACCGCAAGUCUUCGUCUCCAACAAGAUCAACUCCGGAUUAUAUAUCUUCUGCCCGUCUAUACUGAACCGGAUCCAGCUGCGCCCGACGUCCAUUGAGAAGGAGAUUUUCCCUGCCAUGGCUGAGGAAGGACAACUAUUUGCAAUGGAGCUACAAGGGUUUUGGAUGGACAUCGGGCAACCCAAAGACUUCCUGACCGGCAUGUGCAUGUACCUGCAGUCUGUGAGACACAAACACCCUGACUGGCUCCACGCCGGGCCCGGUUUUGCGGGAAACGUCUUGGUGGAUCCCACUGCCAAGAUCGGGGAAAAUUGCUGCAUUGGGCCCAAUGUGACGAUCGGGCCAGGCGUGACGGUGGAGGACGGAGUGAGGAUAAAGCGUUGCACAAUCAUGAAGGGGUCUCGUAUUCGCUCACACUCCUGGCUGGAGUCCUCUAUAGUAGGGUGGAGCUCAGCUGUUGGACAAUGGGUACGGAUGGAGAACGUGACCGUGUUGGGCGAGGAUGUUAUUGUGAACGAUGAGCUUUAUCUGAACGGAGCCAACGUCUUACCCCACAAGUGCAUCGCAGAGUCGGUGCCGGAACCCCGAAUUAUAAUGUAGAGACGCCAUGGAACUCUCUAGAACUGCAGACUGAGAUUUUAUGUUUACAAGCACUGCUCUCCUUUACCCCCCCCUGGAGUCCCCAGCAACCAGUGCCAAACUCACCUGAGAUCAGUACGGGUGGGGGGGGGUAUCCCUUAUCUGCACCCUCUAUGGAGGGGGGAGGGGAAAGAGGAAAGACUCUCUCUUCCGAUCAUACUAUGGGGUAGGAGGCGGUCUCUCUCCUGUACAUAGUAAUGGGGUGGUGGUGGUGUCGUCCAAUAGACUCUCUUCCAUAGUGAGUACAGAACUCUCUAUGGAGGAGAGAGCGGGGGUAAGGGUGGGUGUGUCUCGCUCCUAUUCAUAGGAGGGGGGAGUCUCACUCCUGUUCAUAGUAUGGAGGGUUGGUCUAUGUCCUGUACAUUUGGGGGUCUCUCCCCUUCUUUUCCAGGGGGGAGAUUUCUCUCUCUCACUCCCCUGUACUCUGUAUUUGGGCUCUUUCUAUGUCUUAGUAUGUGGAAGGAGGGGGUCUCUCUCGCCCUCAGUAGGCUGUUGGGGAACUGGGGGGAAAUUCAGUAUACAGAAGGGUCUCCCUCUUGCCUGCACUUAGUAUGCACAAUCUCUCGCCUGUACUCAGUAUAUGGUGGUGGGUCUCCCUCUGCCUGCAGUGGUUUGGGGGUCUUCCACUCUCAGUAUAUGAUGGGGUGUCCCUCUCUCCUGCACUCAGUAUAUGGUGGUGGGUCUCCCUCUGCAUGCAGUGGUUUGGGGGUCUUCCACUCUCAGUAUAUGAUGGGGUGUCCCUCUCUCCUGCACUCAGUAUAUGGUGGUGGGUUUCUCUCUCUGCCUGCAGUGGUUUGGGGGUCUUCCACUCUCAGUAUAUGAUGGGGUGUCCCUCUCUCCUGCACUCAGUAUAUGGUGGUGGGUUUCUCUCUCUGCCUGCAGUGGUUUGGGGGUCUUCCACUCUCAGUAUAUGAUGGGGUGUCCCCCUCUCCUGCACUCAGUUUAUGAUGGUGGGUCUCCCUCUGCUGCACUCAGUAUGCAGUGGGAUGGAGUCGGCCUCUUUCCUGCACUCAGCAUGUGGUGGUUUGGGUUCUUCCCCCUCAGUAUAUGAUGGGGUGUUCCUCUCCCCUGUACUUAUUUGAUUUGGGGGGGUUCUCUCUAUUCUGCAUUUGGUAGGGGGAGGGGGUGAGAUCUCUCUCCUGUACAUUGUAGGUAUUGGGGUUGUCUCCCCCCCCCCCCCCCGCACUAAGUAUGUGGGGGUCUCACAGGUGCCUUAUAAUGGAAGAAAUGAAGAUUAUAAUGGCAGACAAUCCACCCUGAUCUUCCUAUUCCCACCGCCUUGUAUAGAACAGGAACAAAGAUAGUCUCUGGACAGCCGCACUCAAAUUGUAGCCUUUUAUUAAAAGAAGGACAGCACUACAAGUCACACUGACGCGUUUCGCACUGAAACUAGUGCUUAGUCAAGCUUUUUGCCUUGUAGAGAACCACUGAAGGAUUUCUCACUGCUAAUCUCUGGAAGGGUCUCAGUCACUUAUAGGUAUGCCCCAGAGGGAGGGGGGGCCCUAGUUCAUGGCUGUAAUCAGUAUUUAACAAAGCUGCCAGCACAGAGAGGGUUAACUAUACUACAGACUGGGACUGUGUGCUCUCUCAUUGGAGGAACUGCCUGGAUUAGAUUUUUUUUUAUUAUGUAAAAGAGUCACUGCAUCCGUCACCAUAUGUCGGGGGACGCUGCGUCCGAUAUCCUGGGUGACCGCGGCAGAGAAGGUUCCCCAGAACAGCCGACGAGCCGGACAUUUACAACUGCAAUGGGAAGAACUGGCGCGGGAAUGAAUGCAAGAAUAAAUAGAUCAACCAACCCAGGUGAGAAGCUUUUACCUGGAAGCUGCCAUUUUCCCUUUGACUUUAAUGGGGUGACGAAACAAAGAUGAAAAAACAGUUGUGAGUCGGAUCAAAUCCUGACCACUUCCAUCCGAGGCUUCUCACACCUGUAAAGCUUUAUUUAAAUAAUAUAUAUAUACACAUAUAUAUCACUUACAGGUUAUUUUCAUAUAAAAUGUGACUUGUACUUGGGGGGGGAGGGUGGUUACUCUCAUACCAGACCCCAAUAUCAUGUGGGACCUCGUGAUUUCUAAUGGUGGAGAAGAUAAAUUGACUUAAGCGAUGGGACGGUGAUAAUAAAUAAGAGGAGGGCAACUAUAAAUAAUUGUGUAUAAAAAUAACAAUAGUGCCCUAAACCCACAAGAAUAAUACAAUAUAUGAUGCAAUAAAUAUAAAUUGUUGUGCAAAACGGAUAACAUGGCGACUAGAAAUAGGGUCCUGGCGACUUGGCUUGGAAGGGGGG